AAAAUCAAACCGGCUUCGCUUUUUUCCAAACAUUAGUUCCGUUCUGUUUUGACUAAAUUCAAAACAAACUUUAAAACGACAAUUUGUCGUAACUACUAAUAGAUUAAAAUAAUUUGUCGUAUUGUGUAAAUUUACAUACAAUUUUCAUUGGCUAAAGUUUAUAAUAGCGGCAGAAUUUAGACUCAAGCUACCAGGCUAAGUGUGGCUAAUGCUAACAUAAACAACAGCAUUGAAGAAGCAGCAGUGAAGAAGAGGAGGCUAUGCAACAGUAUCUCUAAAAACAGGGUCACUAUGGACGACGUGGAGCCUAACCGUGGUUCAGAGGAGCAAACAGAUUCAUUGCACAACCAAAAUAAUGAGACUGAAAAUUUUAAGUCUUCCAAUAAAGAUGGAAAGAAUAAAAAUCUGUCAACGAAAGGUGUGAAAAGAGGACGAAAACCAGAAAAAAAAGACAAGCCUCCAGCAAUAGAUAAUGGUCAUUUGCUGAAAACUUACCUGCCCGACACCUCCACCGCCCAGAUUUUCCGCACCCACCGCUGCCCCAGUUGUCACCGCUGCUUCAAGAUGAGCGCUCACCUCAAACAACAUCUAAAACUUCACUCCCCGGACCCAGAACUCCAGUGUCCCACCUGUAAACGCCAUUUCACCAGCAAAAGCAAACUGCGUGUUCACCAGCUUCGAGAGGCCGGUUUAAAAUCCCACCAGUGCCACUUGUGCCCAUACUCAGCCGUGGAACGCAAUUCACUUCGCCGCCAUCUUGUCUCGGUUCACGCAGAUAAAACAGAAGACGGUCCAGAGUUGAAUUUUGCGUGUCCAGUUUGUAAUGAAUGUUUUCGUCAAAGCAAAUUACUAAAAAAUCACAUGAAGUCUCACAAUGUAGCGAAAAACAGCACACAGCAUUUUUGCAUUGAAGAAGGCUGUUCAUUUAAUAGCACUUUAUUACAUUUGAUUCAACAUAUCACGGAAACGCAUAAUUUCACUCCGAUUGAAUGCCAGCAUCACGCUUGUACGGCCAUUUUUAGGACCAAAACACUGAUGGAAGAGCAUUUUAAGAAUCACCAAGCUUACCACUGCACAGACUGUGACUUUGCCUGUUCAAAUAAACGUAUCUUUGCUCAGCAUUGCAGACAGGGGCAUGCUGGGGGAGAGGAGUUUUCUUGUGAAUUUUGUGAUUUUAAAACGUUUAAUUCGGUGGCGUUUGAGAGACAUGUCGGGCACUUUCACGCCGCGGAGAAGAUCCACAAAUGCUCCGAGUGCGAGUUCACCACAGCGCAUAAGCGAGGACUGAAGAGGCACAUGCUAACCCACACCGGUGAGAAGUGUCACAAAUGCAGCGUGUGUGAGUUCCGGUGCAGAGACCAGUCGUAUCUGAGCAGACACAUGCUCCGACACGGCCACAGUAAGAACCACAUGUGCUCGGAGUGCGGCUACGUCACCAAGUGGAAGCACUACCUCACAGUGCACAUGAGGAAGCACAGUGGAGACCUCAGGUACGAAUGUGACCAGUGCAAUUAUCGCUGUCACAGAAUGGACCAACUCAACAGCCACAAACUCCGGCACCAAGAAAAAUCCCUCAUCUGUGAAAUCUGCGCUUAUUCCUGCAAACGCAAAUACGAACUACGCCAACACAUGAUUUCAAAACACUCUGAAAAUGACCAACCCGCUGCCGUUUACAAGUGCAAGUUCUGCUCUUACUCCUCCUCAUAUCGGCAAGCCCUCAAAAACCACGAAAACUGCAAACAUACCAAAUCUAAGCAGUUCCAAUGUGCACUAUGUAGCUACACGUCAUUUAGCGGCACCAGCUUAUUUCUGCAUAAACGGAAAACCCACGGAUACGUACCAGGAGACAAGACCUGGCUGCAAAAUUACGCUUUAAAAGAAAAAGAGAAACACAUCACAGGAAAUUUGGAUGUUUUUUACAAUAACGCGACGCCUCAGCAACUUAUAGACGCCAGUGCUACAGAAAUGAGUGGCACAGAUGCUAACAAAACAAAUGCUAAAGUUGACGGGAUUAGAGAUUUGAACGUUAUAGCGCAAGAAGUAGCAAAUAACGACAAUUUUGAGAGUCCGAGUGAAGAGUAUUGCACGCUUGUUUUAACCACGCUUCCGAGCAUUGAGGAGCAAACUUCCACUCUGCAGGAAAAUAGUCAGAAUUCAAUGUAUGUAGCAGAAAAUAAUAACUUAUCACCCAAAAACGCAAGCUUGAUAACUAGCUUUAGCUCAGAAGACGAAGGAGACGCUAGUUUAGAUGGUGAGCAAAAUUAUUCAGGCAAACCAAACCAAAUUGAGGAGUUUGAAGAAAUUGAAAAAAGUGUCGAAAGUCGUAGUGCGAAGUUACAUCAUGAAAUUGCAGUGAAAGAUUUGAAAGAAUUAGAAAAGAUACAAGCUAAUGCUAUGGUUUUGGAGGGCCACGUGGAGCUGUUAAUGUUACCAACGCAAAAAAAUAGCAAAGGGAGGGAGGUGAGGGAUAGAAAAAAAUUUAAUUGUCAAGAUUGUGGUGUAGAAUUCAAGCUAAGACGAAAUUUGGACAAUCACUGCAAAAAUAAAUGCAUUUCGAAGCAAAAUUGUGAAAUGAAAGCAAAAUUGCAAAUGAACAAAUUGAUUGAACAAGAAGUAGUAGAAUUUCCUAGCAACGUUGAAACCAGGAAUUUAGAUUGGAAUUUAAAUUUGCAAAAUAGCAACGAACCACAACUGGAAACUGCUAAUAUUUCUGCUAAUCUAGAUGAAUUCAGUAAAACAAAUCAAGACAGAAACAGCCAGUGUCCACAAGCUAAAACUGCAGACGCUGUAGCAGAUAAAGAUUGUCCUUACGCUAAAAUUAACGACAAAUUUGAAUGUAAACAAUGCAGGUUUUCAGCUAUAAAAGUAGCCACAAUUGAACGACACAUAGCAACUUGUGUAACAAAAUCUAGCGAGCAAAAGUCUCAGAAAAUGCCAGAAAAAAAUAAGUUUGAAGAUCUCGAAGAAAGUAGCGAGAAAAGCAAAUUGGAAAGACAUGCAAAAACUGCGAACCUAAAAGCUUUUAAUUGUAGCGGUUGCAAAUUCGUUGCUAAAUCCGUGCUAUCUUUAAAUCGUCAUGAAGUUCUUGUUCAUAAGAAAGUAGCAAGUAAAUUUAACUGUAAAUACUGUUCCUUUGGUUGCAAAUUUGAACACCGCUUGCUGCAACACGUAGCAGUCAAACAUAGCGCCAAAAACGCAUUUCGGUGUCGAUUUUGUAGCUUUACCACAAAACGAAAAUACAGAUUGGAAGAACACGAAUCUAGACACACCGGUAUUGGCCGCCAUACCUGUGACAUUUGCGAUAACACGUUUGGAUCUUUGAGCAUAUUACAAAAACAUAAAUCGCGACUUCACGAUAAAAAUCCCACGCAUUUUUGCACGAAUUGCGACUUUUCUAGUUUUUCCCAAGACGAUAUUAAACGGCAUAAUACGCGAUGCCAUUCGGGGGAUAUGAAAUUCAACUGCCAAAAAUGCGACGCAAAGUUUAGCUCGCAAAUCUCGCUUACCAAACAUUGCAAACGUGUCCAUAUGAGGAGAUUUACGUGCAAGCAGUGCCAAUACACAUGUGGUAGCAGUGUUGAAUUGAAAGCACACCAAGUUUGCAAGCAUAAAUUAGCAAAAGGGACGAUUUUAAAGGAGAUAUCAACAGCUAAGGACUCAAAAGCUAAGCAUACAUGCCAACUGUGCCAAUUCACCACCAAAACUAAAAAGCUACUUGCUCAACAUUUGUCAGACGAGCAUGAAAACGACGUGGACGGUGCGAAGUCGCUUAAAUGUAGUCAGUGUGAGUUUGCCUGUAAGUUCCAGCUGGUUUUGGAGCAGCACUUGAGGAGUCACGGAGGGAAGCGUCUGUACAAAUGCACUCACUGUGAAUACUCGAGCAGAAACAAACAGAAGAUGACAUGGCACAUCAGGACCCACACUGGAGACCGGCCGUACAGAUGUGAGGAGUGCAGCUACGCGUGCUCUGACCCCUCCAGGCUCAAGCAGCACAUGCGGGUGCAUCAGGAGGAAAGGAAAUACUUGUGUCCUGAGUGCGGAUACAAGUGUAAAUGGGCCACGCAGCUCAAGUGUCACAUGACCAAGCACACGGGAGAGAAGCGCUUCGCCUGUGUGGACUGUGAGUACCGCUCCAACCGCGCUGACGCCCUCCGCUCUCACCGGGACACCCAGCACAGCUCCACGCGCCCGUUCAUCUGUGAAAAGUGCGGCAAAUCCUUCAAAACCAACUUCAUCCUCAAAUCUCACCAACAGCAGCACAGUGACGGGCGGCCCUUCACGUGUGGCCUCUGUCAGAAAAGCUUCAAAUGGCCCGCCGGCUUGCGACAUCACUUCCUCUCCCACACCAAGCAGACGCCAUUUUGUUGUCGACUUUGUUCGUACAGGGCCAAGCAGAGGUUCCAGGUGGUGCGGCAUUUAAAGAAACACCAUCCAGGAGUAACAGUGGAGGAGGGAGUGGAGAGGGAUGGGGAGAUAGGAGGUUUGACCAUAAAAGAGGCACUGGAGGGCACUACGGAGAAAAAGUGAUGCACCUGUACUUCUAGGAGUGGACGAUAUGGACAAAAAUUAAGAUCAUGAUAUUUUGAGUGUCCUUAAUGAUAAUAAAAGAUGUGUUUUAACAUUUCCUUAGGCAUAUUACUAGGCCUGUAACAAUAACAGAUUUUGCUGGACGAUUAACGAUAAUAUUGAUAUUUUGAGAUCAUUUUCAACUAAUAUAAUGACAAUGAAAUAAAAAUGCAAAUACACCCUUUCAAAGAUCAAUAAACUUGACUUUCUAAAGAACAUUUAACCCAGGAACUGCAAGACAACCAAAAACAAUAGGCCUAAAUAAAAUAGACUUGUUAACAUUGGAAAAGGGUAAUGUAGGCUUAAACAGCAAGGUCUUGUUAACAAAAAAUGCACUUAAAUAAACCAUUGUUGAACCAAAUACAACCAAAACAAUAAAUAAAAUUGAUUAUUAAGUCUGUA